CACCAGUUCACAAGGGCGUCCACUACAACAACUGUACAUUCCCGACAUAGUAAAGGAAGAGAUGGCUGGUUCGACUUCCCCGAGUAUAGCAACAAAGUCGAAAACAUUGCGGACCACCAUAACACACGUUCCAAGUUGGCCGGAAGAGGCAAGAGCCUUGAAGAAGCAUACAUGGCUCUCGUAUUUUUUUGGCUUUGGAGACGUCAUUCUGCUGCUGUUACCAGUAUACUUUCUUCGCAAGUUCCUUGGAAUCGCCGUCCUGACCUUGAACGGCAAGCCUACCAAAGACUCCAGCUUUGGCAACGAUGUUGAGUUCGCCAUGAGCCUAGGUCCCACAAUGUUCCCAAUUAUUUUCGCCGCCGUUAGUGGACGAAGCAUGAAGAUGAUCGCCAGGUAUCUCGCGGAACGAGGCUCGAAGCUUAGUACUUUGGAACUGCUGAUGGCCAGUCAAUCCGUCUGGGGUACGAUCGAGAGUCAGAUGAUCAUGCAGCGUCUGACAAUCGUUGGAGCGAACUUGUUGUUCCUGUGGGCUUUGUCACCUCUGGGAGGCCAAGCAUCUUUACGGCUGAUGAGACGACACAAUGAGGGUAGCCCAUCAUCCUUAAAGCUCCGUUACAUGACCACAGGGCCAGGCGGGACGAUAUGGGGUCUAUCUUCGACCUAUGUCGGCGAUGGCAAAUUUGCCGAUGCUAAUGCUCUCUACACAGCCGCAUUGCUUGCUCCGUUGAGUACCAAAACCGGAGCCAGAGAUUCUUGGGGCAACGUCAAAAUACCUAAUCUGGAGAACUUGAACGUCAACAUAUCAGAUGCGCAAGGCUGGAUAGAGGUGCCUUCCGCCCAAGUACCAGAAACAUACUCUUCACUGGUUGGACUUCCAAUCGUUGGGCUGCCACUGUCUGGCAAAUCAAACUUCACCAUCGAGUCGACUUAUCUGACCGUUGAGUGUGCUCCUUUCAGCCAGGCACCCUACCCCGGCGUCGGCGAUUCAACAAAUAAUGGAAAGACCACUUUUACUAGGUUGGACGAACUUCUUCCCUACCCAGGUCAGGUCUGGUUGAACAAAUCCAGGAACAAUCCUUUCGAGCCAGCAAAAGGGCGUCGAGCAUCUUUCUUCCUGGACACAAACCUAGGAUCCCCUUGGGCGCCUGAGGAUCCCGAUUUUGACUUGCUAGUAGGUCGUCUCGACGGUUUCGUCGGUCACUAUAACGAUACUCGUCUCAGUGACACGGAAUCCAAGACCAAGCGCGAGAUAGUCUUCACUUCGAUGUACGCUACCUCCGUCGACAGCGGAGAAUAUGGACUGAAUAUCGCCCGGUGUACUCUUGCCCAGAAUCACGUCGAAUCCAUGAUUGUCUGCACUGGGGACCAGUGUGCAGCCCAGAAGAUCAGGACUUCAACAACAGACACGCGUCCCUCAGCCCUAACAUCGUUCGAGCACGGGCUGAUCAUGCAAAACUUUGCGCAGCAAUUCCCCAUCGCAGUCCAAUUCAAUACCGGCUCCAGCCCUACAGAACGUUUCCUUAGCAACACCUCGGCUUUCCCAUUUAUUCAGCAAGCCGGGCAUCUCACAGAAGACGUGGCAUACUCGAAUUUAUCCCUUCUGACUUCCGCAGUCUUCUCGCGGCGACUGAGUCUGUUGUUCAACACGUAUUAUCAGCUUACCAUUCAACCAACUGGGUACUUUGGUAGUCUAUCGAGCAACCUGACUCUUUACGGGCCAGACACACUGCCUGUGACGGACGUCAAUGUCUACCUUCCUAGCAACUUUUCAGCUACGAACAACUCAUUCUUCGACUGGUAUUCAACAUUUGAUACCGGAGUACAAAGCAGCAAAUCUCCUUUCAUCGGAGCAACGAUCGAAGCGCACAACACCACGACGCAGGAGAUUUUCCUCUGUAACUUUGCCUGGUUUGCUAUCUUGAUAGUUGCCUCCACUGUCAUCUUCAUCACCGGAGCUGCUGGCUUGAUACUUAAACGAAAGACACUCGGGCCAGACAUGUUCGGUUUCGUCACGAGCAUGACCUACGAGAACCCUUGGGUAAACAUUCCUAAGGGAGGAACGAUGCUGGAUGCGAUGGAACGCGCGAGACUCCUCAAAGAUAUGGAGGUGCAUGUCGGUAAUGUCCGAGGCGAUGAAGACACCGGCCAUAUUGCCUUCGCGGCGGGCGUUCCUUUACGCAAAUUGGAGCGUGGACGCCUUUAUUGUUGA